UGUGGAAGCAAGGAAUCUUACCUGUAGCUGAUUAAGCAGAAGAAAUUACAGAAAAAAAAAAAAAAACCUAUCAUGUACUCCAAACCCUGGUUAUGUUGCAUUGAUUCUUUGUUUUGCAUGAUUUAAAUGAGAGGUACAUUUGAUGUACGAAACUGUCAAGGAAUGUAAGUCAGGAAGCUUUGAACGGAUGAAUGGAGAGGUGGACGCGGCAGCCGUUCCUCUCAUGGCCUGUGUCGCGGUGAUGAACAUGGAGACGCCCCCCUGCACCACGCUUCAUCAGAACGGCAACGUCCACGGGAGCAGCUCCGUCCCGAAGGAGGCGGCCGCCCCGCUCAGGGUCCUGCUCUACGACAACGGCCAGGGAGGCAAGGAGCCCGUGCACCUCACCUACCCGCCAGGGGAGUACGUUGCCGAGGAGAUAUGCAUCGAAGCGGCCAAGGAGUGCGGUGUGAUGCCCAUGUAUCGCAACAUGUUUGGACUAAUGCGAGAGAGCGACCGCAUGUGGUUCUCCCCCAACCAUGUCUUCCACCUGGACGAGUCCGCCAAUGAGACCGUGCUCUUCAGAAUCAGGUUCUACUUCCCUCGCUGGUACAGCAGUGAGGCCUCCAGGACAUAUCGGUAUGGGCUCACCAAGGACACAGAGUCUCCGGUUCUUGACGACUCUGUCAUGUCGUACCUCUUCGCUCAGUGGCGGAGUGACUUCGUGAAUGGCUGGGUGACGAUGACCAUCAGUCAUGAGACCCAGGAGGAGUGCCUGGGCAUGGCAGUGCUGGACAUGAUGAGGCUGGCCAAGGAGAACGGCCUGUCCCCUCUGGACAUCUACAACGGCAUGAGCUACAAGUCCUUCCUGCCCAAGGACAUGCGGGCCCGCAUCCAGGACUACCACAUCGUGACCCGGAAGCGGAUCCGCUACCGUUUCAGGAAGUUCAUCCAGCAGUUCAGCCAGUGCAGAGCGACGGCCCGCGACCUGAAGCUCAAGUACCUGAUCAACCUGGAGUCGCUGCAGACUGGCUUCUACUCGGAGCGCUUUGAGGUCAAGGAGCCGUCCGCCGGCCAGGUCACCAUCAUCGUCACCGGGAACAACGGCAUCCAGUGGUGCCGCGACAAAAUCCGAGAGUCCGACACUGAGCAGGAGUUGCAGACGUACUGUGAUUUCCCAGAGGUCAUCGACAUCAGCAUCAAACAGGCCAGCAAAGAUGGCUCCAGCGAGAGCCAGAUCGUCACCAUCAACAGACAGGACAGCAAGACACUGGAGCUGGAGUUCCUUUCCCUCGCAGAGGCCCUGUCUUUCGUGUCCCUUAUUGAUGGGUACUACCGUCUGACAGCAGAUGCCCACCACUACCUCUGUAAAGAAGUGGCGCCCCCUAGGCUUCUGGAGGGUAUCAACAGCUACUGCCAUGGACCCAUUUCGAUGGAGUUUGCCAUCAACAAGCUGCGCCGGCUGGGGAACCAGCGAGGCCUGUACAUCCUGCGCUGCAGCCCCAAGGACUACAACAAGUACUUUCUGUCCUUCGCCGUGGAGUCGGAUGGAGUGGUGGAUUACAAGCACUGCCAGAUCGUGAAAACGCCCACAAGCGAGUACAACCUGAGCGGGGCGAAGAAGAACUUCAGCAGCUUGAGGGACCUGCUGCACUGCUACCAGAAGGAGACGGUGCGCUCCGACGGCUUCAUCUUCCAGUUCACAAAGUGCUGCCCGCCCAAGACCAAAGACAAGUCCAACCUCCUGGUGUGCAGGACGAGCCAGGGCUCAGAGGUGCCACUGUCCCCUUCCCUGCAGAGGCACAACAUCAGCCAGAUGGUGUUCCACAAGAUCAGGAAGGAGGACCUGGAUAUUAAUGAAAGUCUGGGCCAAGGAACAUUCACAAAGAUCUUCCGAGGAAUCCGCAAGGAGCUUGGAGACUAUGGACAGAUGCAUGAGACGGAGGUUGUGGUGAAGGUCCUGGAAAAGGCACACCGCAAUUUCUCAGAGUCUUUCUUCGAGGCGGCCAGCAUGAUGAGCCAGCUGUCUCAUAAGCACCUCCUGCUGAACUACGGUGUCUGCGUGUGCGGGGAGGAGAAUAUCAUGGUGCAGGAGUACGUUAAGUUUGGCUCUCUGGACACUUACCUGAAGAAGAACAAGAACUCAGUGAACAUCACUUGGAAGCUUGAGGUGGCUAAGCAGCUGGCAUGGGCCAUGCUGUUCCUGGAGGACAAAAACCUUGUCCAUGGGAACGUCUGUGCCAAAAAUGUCCUGCUGAUCAGAGAGGAGGACCGGAAGACAGGGAACCCCCCCUUCAUCAAGCUGAGUGACCCGGGGAUCAGUAUCACAGUGCUGCCCAAAGAGAUUUUGAUAGAGCGGAUCCCGUGGGUUCCCCCGGAGUGUAUAGAGGACCCCAAGAAGUUGAGCCUCGUGACAGACAAGUGGGGCUUCGGCACCACGCUGUGGGAGAUCUGCAGCGGGGGAGAGAAGCCUCUGGGCACGCUCGACAGCUCCAAGAAAAACCUGUUCUACGAGGACCGACAUCAGCUCCCUGCGCCCAAGUGGACGGAGCUGGCCAAUCUGAUCAACAGCUGCAUGGACUAUGAACCCAUGUUACGGCCUUCCUUCCGCGCCAUCAUCCGAGACCUCAACAGCCUCUUCACUCCUGACUAUGAACUGUUGGCUGAGAGUGACAUAGAGCCGCCAAACAGAACCAGAGGGUUUGGGUUCACUGGUGCCUUUGAGAACCAGGAGCCAGCCCAGUUUGAAGAGCGGCAUCUGAUUUUCCUGCAGCAGCUGGGAAAGGGUAACUUUGGCAGCGUGGAGAUGUGCCGUUACGACCCCCUGCAGGACAACACCGGAGAGGUGGUCGCUGUCAAGAAGCUGCAGCACAGCACGGCCGAGCACCUGCGUGACUUUGAGCGGGAGAUCGAGAUUCUUAAGUCACUCCAGCACGACAACAUCGUCAAGUACAAGGGCGUGUGUUACAGCGCAGGAAGGAGGAACCUACGGCUCAUCAUGGAGUACCUGCCCUUCGGGAGCCUGCGGGAUUACCUCAUCAAGAACAAGGACAGGAUUGAUCACAAGAAGCUUUUGCAUUACGCCUCUCAGAUCUGCAAGGGGAUGGAUUAUCUGGCAACCAAGCGGUACAUCCACAGAGAUCUGGCCACUCGGAACAUCCUGGUGGAGAGUGAGUUGAGAGUGAAGAUUGGGGACUUUGGCCUGACCAAAGUCCUGCCCCAAGAUAAGGAGUAUUAUACAGUGAAGGAGCCUGGGGAAAGCCCCAUCUUCUGGUACGCCCCUGAGUCCCUGACGGAGAGCAAGUUCUCUGUGGCGUCAGACAUCUGGAGUUUUGGAGUGGUGCUGUAUGAGCUCUUCACCCACAGCGACAAGACCUGCAGCCCCCCUGCGGUGUUCAUGAGCAUGAUGGGAAGUGACAAGCAGGGACAGCUGAUCGUGUUUCACCUGAUUGGCCUCCUGAAACGAGGAAGCCGCUUGCCCCAGCCAGAGGGGUGCCCUGCAGAGAUCUACAGCAUCAUGAAUGAGUGCUGGAACAACGAGCCCUACGUGCGGCCAUCUUUCAAAAAGCUUGCCCACAGCUUGGACGUGUUUCGGGACAACACGGACGGCUGAGUCCACCCCCUCCAAUGAAUGACAAGAGCAACUGGCUCAUAAGUAUCUCGUGGUGCCCACAGAGACUCGCGCACCAGCUGAGAGGACAUCUCUUUUCGUAAAUUGCAGACUGCAAAGGGGAAGUAAUGGCAUUUAUGCUGUGGGGGAAAAUAAUCUGACGCCGUUGGGUUGUCGUUCCAGUUAAUAUUGUCAAGUUCCCUUGGAUACGUCGCGUUUCCUCCGGAGGCGGUGGCUGAAGAGGUCCUUCACUUCUCAAGUGAUUAACUCAGAAACUUUGCCCGAGCGCGUUGACUCAGUAACCUCAGCCCUGGCUAGAAGUCCGAGGAGGUGACAGAGAGCGUCCUGGAGCUGCUGCUGUGGGCUCACCUGGACUUCCGGUCCGAUCUGUUUUCUCCAAACAUGCAAGCCAGACUGUUUUCAGGAAUAUGAAUGAAUGGACACAGCAAUGAAGCAAAGAAUAAAAAAACUAUAAUUUUCAGAAAUUGCAGCAUUGCAUUUAUUUUUAGUAAUGCCUGUAACCAGCAAGCUCGCUGUGCAAGCUGGACUGUGUGUGUGUGAGCGUGUCUGUGCGUGUGAGAGUGCACGCAUGUGUGAGAGUGCACGUGUGUGCACGUGUUGCGGGCUGCAGCACUAAAAAAAAAUAAAACUAGCUAAUUCUAGCAAGUGCGGGUUUCAGUUGUGCUCCAUGAAAGAUUCAGGAGCAGGAAGUGAAAAUAAUUUUUCCAUAAUUCUUACAAGAUCUGUAUUCUUUUACUGUUCCUUACUCUAAUGCAAAUGCUGUAGCUAAAGCUCUGCCUAGCAUGACCAUGUUAAAUGUACAAAGUGUGGUAGAAUCAUGCAAGCUGAAGCUAAGCUGUUUGAAAAAGGCCAGACUAGGUAACAAGCCGAUGAACUGUGGUGGGAGAAGAGCAGUGACGUCAGUGGUCAGUAAUCAGUCGUCAUUAACGUACUUCUAACAUAGGUAGCGUUUUUAAGAGUAUGCUUGUAUGUUUCUGUAUCUGUUGGGGGGUGAUGUUUGUUUGUUUGUUUGGAGGGGGAAGGGUCUUGUAGCUUCAGCUACAGUAAGCCCUGGGUCAUUCCGGCACCUAUGCAAGUGCCCAUCUGCCAGGAGAGACAGCGCGUUCGUUAGCACUCGUGCAACCGGAGUCUGCGGGGCGGGAGGGGCGGAGCGUCCACUCUGGGCCUCGCCCCUUUGAUUGUAAUGUGCCAUCUCAACCCCACACUUGAGCGAAAACAUGAACUUCAGCUGGAACAGCAGCUCCGAAAGGGGAGAGCAAUUUCUUAUGCAAAAAUGUUUUCUUUUUGAAAUUCUUUUUUUUUUUGUCUUCCUGAAUUGUAUGUCUUUCUUUUGUUAUUUUUUUUUUUUUUGCAGCAAUGCUGGCAUUCAUCCCUGCUCCCACCUCUUGAGAAAAUCUGUUAAGUGAACAUAAAGUUUUCUUUCUUUUUUGUUUUUUUUUUUACACAAAUAAUAUAUGAUCUGAAAAAGUUUUUUUUUCUUAUCUUGUACACUAAAUGCACAUCUGAUUAUAUUUGCGCAGUAUUUACCCACUGAAUGUAAAUGAAGAACUUGUUUUGAAUAUAUUGCAU